AUGCGUGAUAUAAUGAACGUUUUAACCAACAAGAAAGUUGUUUUCCGGAGUUCAUUUACCAUUGACAUGAUAAAACCCGUGGUUUUAUUGACCGACUCCAGAUGGAGACGAAAGACGUUUUCCUACUUCAAGGAUCUGGGUGUUCCGGGACCAGAACCAAAUCUGAUUUGGGGAAACCUUUGGGAAUAUCAUGAAAAUGGACUUUUUCGGGCUCUCGAGAAGUGGUGCAAGAAGUAUGGUGACGUAUUCGGAUUUUACAAUGGGGAUGUGCCGAUGCUAGUGGUAAACGACAUAGCUUUUUUACAGCAAGCCUUCGUAAAGAGUUCAUCAAAUUUCACAAACCGUGGAGUGACCAUCAGAUCGGACGAAAUGCAUCCCUUCCUUAGCAAGUGUCUCGUUCACGCCAAGGACAGCCAUUGGAAAAGCACGCGUCAGUGCGUCUCCUCGGGUUUUACAACCUCCAAGAUCAAGCAGAUGAUGGGCCACAUCGCAGAAGUUUGCGACGUAUUCAUGGACGUCCUGGCCGAUGAUGCUGACAGCGGGAAGGAGGUUUGCAUGGUCGAAAAGUUCCAAGGGCUGACGAUGGAUUACAUAGGUCGAGCAGCAUUCGGAAUCGACACCAGCUUCCAGCGCGAUCUGAAGCAUCCCUUCCUCAUCUGUGCCAGGGAGGCUGUGAAGGGCGUUAUGUCUGGCCCAUUCCACAUGCUCGCGCACUGUACGACUGCGCUUGGAAAGUUGGCGACUCCGCUAUUGUGGAUCAGCUGGAUUUUCGGAAGGUAUCCAAUUCGAACGUUCGCCGAGCACGUGGCGAAGGUCAUCCGUCUUCGGAAAAAUGACUCUACACUGCGAAGGAACGACAUACUUCAAAACCUUAUUGACGCAGAAUAUGAGGAAUUGCAGGAGACCCCGAAGAGCAUUACCGAAGGGACACCGAUAGUGGAGACUCAAGGCCAUCGCAAGACCAGGCCGCUUAGUUCAAUAGAAGUUAUCAUGAACACCACUGUUUUGUUCCUCGCAGGGUUUGAAACGACUGCGACUGCACUAUCCUACGUUGCCUACUCACUCGGGAAGUACCCGGAUAUCCAAGAGAAAGUUAGAAAAGAAGUGGAGCAGGCCUUGGAUGGUUCCGGAGAGUUAGAUUAUGAGGCAGUGACUCAAAAGCUGAAGUACCUUGGUCAGGUGGUGAACGAGACGCUGCGGAUAUGGCCACCGGUAUUCACAUUUAUCACAAGGCAGGCCAAGGCAGAUUUUGAGUACCGGGGCAUCACGUUCAAGGCCGGCACUAGCAUCCUGUCACCCACUCUGCAGAUCCAAAGGGACGCAAGAUAUUUCUCCGAUCCUAUGAAAUUUGAUCCGGACAGGUUCAGCGUCGAAAACGACAAAUGCUUUCCAAAAGCUGCAUUCCAGCCUUUUGGAUUAGGACCCCGCAAUUGUAUCGGUUCCAUGCUUGCCCUGGUCGAAAUCACCUACACCAUUGCAAGGAUGACGCAGUCUUAUCGUUGGGAACUGGGCCAAUCACAAAAGGAAGACAUGCCCUUGGAACAGUGCUCCAUGGUGUCAAUUCCUGGAAGGGGACCUUGGAUUGUCUUGCAUAACAUAUGAAGAGGACACCCGAGCAAUGC